CGGUUCCGGCGCGCGCCCGGGGCGGCGGCGCGUAGCGGGGGGCCGUUGGGGUGCGCGCCCGCCGCAGUGGACGCCGCCGCGGCCGCCAUGCAGCUGACAGUGAAAGCGCUUCAGGGCCGCGAGUGCAGCCUGCAGGUGUCGGAGGACGAGCCGGUGUCCACGCUGAAACAUCUGGUUUCUGAGAAGCUCAACGUCCCCGUGCGCCAGCAGCGGCUGCUGUUCAAGGGCAAGGCCCUGGCAGAUGGGAAAAGACUCUCCGAUUACAGCGUUGGGCCCAAUUCCAAGCUCAACCUAGUGGUCAAACCUCUGGAGAAGGUGUUACUGGAAGAAAGCAGCGCCCGGAGACUGGCCGAGGUCCCACCACCGUCCACACCAGCCUGGCAGCUGAUCUCCAAAGUCCUGGCCCACCACUUCAGUGCUGCAGAUGCCAGCAGAGUCCUGGAUCAACUACAGAGGGAUUAUGAGAGGUCCCUGAACCGCCUGACGCUGGAUGACAUCGAACGCUUGGCUAACCGCUUUCUGCACCCCGAAGUGACUGAAGCUAUGGAGAAGGGGUUCUCCAAAUAGGAUUCUCAGAGUGUGGGGAGGAGCCCGGCCAGGCCACAAGCUGCAUGUAGCAUUAAAUGUGUUCUUCUGUUGCAAUUUGGCUCAGAAUCAUCAUCAUCAUCAUCACCAUCAUCACCGCCGGCAGGUACCUGGGUGCCCAUACCUGGUUCUCACUAGGUGCCAGGCACAGCUCACAGCACUUGACAUGGGUUUGCUCCCACACCUCACACAAAAGGUAAGACAAUGAGGCACCUAGCAGUGAAGUGGGGGAGCCAGCGUCUGAGUGCAGCCAGCUUCUAGAAAUGCCUCAGGGUGCAAAGGAACAAAGGGGCUGUUUGGACGGGUUCCAAGGGAUGGGCUUUGGCCUAUCAUGUUUAGCCCACUGAGAAUAAACCCUCCAGAAACUCUUCUUCAGGCCUGAAAGGGGAAGCAGCUGGCCCCUGCUGCCCAGUCCUGUCACCUGACCUCAGAACAGGUUCGGGACAUUGGCAGGAGGCCAAGUGACAGCGAGCCCCGGGGCCCCCUCAGCCGCUGCAGCCAGUGAGCACUCGACAAGGAAAAGCAGGUCAGGGAGUUGGGGACCUCUGCGGUAUGACCUCAGGCAAGUCCCUGUGCCACGUCGGUCCCUAGUUGUUAACUCUGCACAAUGCGGGCCACUCUUGAAAGCUCCUUUUCCUUCAUCCUUACCCAGCCCCGGGGUGAGAGGUCUGCAGCCCUCCCCCUGUACUCCAUAAACAGGCCAA